GGGCUUCCGCGGCGACCGUGGUGGCAAGGUCUGGAAGAUUCCUCCGCCCGCGCUAUAAAUACGGAGGCGCGGCCGCGGCGGCGGGGAGUGGGUCUGGGGAGAGCCGCGAUGGGCAAGGACUACUACCGCAUCCUGGGCCUGGCCCGCGGGGCCACCGAGGACGACGUCAAGAAGGCGUACCGCAAGCAGGCGCUGCGCUACCACCCCGACAAGAACAAGGACCCCGGCGCCGAGGAGCGCUUCAAGGAGAUCGCCGAGGCCUACGACGUGCUCAGCGACCCCAAGAAGCGCGAGAUCUUCGACAAGUUCGGCGAGGAGGGACUAAAGGGAGGUGGUCCCAGCUGCAGUGGAGGAGGUCCCAAUGGCACCUCAUUUACCUACACCUUUCAUGGAGACCCUCAUGCCAUGUUUGCAGAGUUCUUUGGUGGACGCAAUCCUUUCGACACCUUUUUUGUGCAGAGGAAUGGGGAUGAAGACAUGGAUGUUGAUGAUCCUUUUGCAAAUUUUCAAAACUUUGGAAACAUUGGCUUUACUCGCUCUCGUGGAGGUCAUGAAAACGUGCGCAAAAAACAAGACCCUCCUAUUACUCAUGACUUGAGAGUAUCCUUGGAGGAGAUUUACACUGGAUGCACCAAGAAAAUGAAAAUUUCUCAUAAACGUCUCAAUGCAGAUGGGAAAACCACACGUACUGAAGAUAAGAUCCUAACAAUUGAAGUAAAGCGUGGAUGGAAAGAAGGAACAAAGAUUACUUUUCCCAAAGAAGGAGACCAAACACCAAACAACAUUCCAGCUGAUAUUGUCUUUGUUUUAAAGGACAAGCCACACAACACUUUUAAGAGAGAUGGGUCUGAUAUUAUAUUCCCAGCCAAGAUCAGCCUCCGUGAGGCUCUGUGUGGUUGUACUGUGAAUAUUCCGACGCUCGAUGGUAGGAAUAUACCAAUGGUAUUCAAGGAUGUCAUUAAACCUGGAAUGAAGCGAAGAAUUCCUGGGGAAGGGCUUCCCUUUCCCAAGAAUGUAAACCAGCGAGGGGAUCUUAUUAUUGAGUUUGAUGUCAGAUUCCCGGACAGAAUUCCACAGGCUUCAAAAAGUGUUCUAGAACAGAUCCUGCCAAUAUAGUGAGACUGUCAGCGAAAACUGGACUGAAACGCCUCCAGAUGUUGGACUGUUAUCAGGAUUUCAGGAUCUGUUUUGGCAGGAGAGUAGAGGAGUAACAUCAUGUUGCUCAAGUGUUUUCCAGAGAAUCCAAAUAUUGCAAGUUACAUACUACACUCAUCAGUGACUCUACCCCCAAAUUGUCAUUGCGCAAAGCAUCUAUACCAGUAAACAGGUACUGAUGGAAGGAGUUAGCAGACCAUCUCAUGGGGUUGACAACCAAUCACAAUGUACUGCCUUCAUUUAAUUGGUUAGCCCUAGUUAGGGCAUGUCAUGUAGAAUUUCUACUGGAACGAGUAAGCCUCAAACAUAAAACUGGACUUCAUAGUAAA